AUGUCCACGGGGCAAGACCUUGGAGAGCAUCACCAGGGCGUUUAUCACAAGCGCAGGAUCUCAGGCCCUACUCCAGCUGUCCUAUUUCAGAAUCUACAUUUCAACAAGAUUCCCGGGAGAGCUACAAAGUCGCGGACAGCGUCAGAGGAGCUGCAGCCUCCGGCAAGGGGGCAGAACAUGAAGGGACUCGGAAGUCUGGCGGCCAUGACCCUGGCGGUUUUCCUGGUGUGUUCUUUCCCGGGGAACUCCAGCAGCGUUCCGCAGAGACUGUUGGAGAAGAGGAAUUGGACUCCCCAAGCCAUGCUCUACCUUAAGGGGGCACAGGGGCGUCGUUUCCUCUCCGACCAGAGCCGGAGGAAGGACCUCUCGGAACGGCUGCCUCCAGAAAGACGGAGCCCAAAGGCCCAGCUCCUGACUCCUCCCGAGGCAGAGGCCGUCUUCCUGGCAUCCUUACAAAACCCGCAGCGAGAUGGAAAAGAAGACUUUGAUCAGACCAGAUUCCUGGAAGACCGUAUACUAAACUGGUGAAAAUGUGCUGUUUUACAUUCAGUUUUAGAGAAGGAGCAGUGCAUGGAGAGAGCUCGGCAGACAGACAGCCUGGAAACCCACCUCGACCCAGAAGCUGUAGAAGAGGAAACUGACUUCAAGAGGAGAAAAUACAUUGUCAAAGAAUAAAUGGAC